AUGUUUCUUAAAAAUGAAAGUGAAUGGUACGUUUGCGAUGCUACGCCCAUACCAAAAGGUUACGGUGGGUUAACUGCGGGAAGUGCCUUAUUCCCCGUUGCGCAGAUUCAACACGGUAACAAAGAUAGAAAAAAAAGUAAUGAUGAAUGUUUCGGUGCACAACUUCAUCGAUUGUUUACGGCAAACAUCGUUUGUAAUUAUUAUUAUCGUGACCCGGUCACACGUGAAGCGGUUUUUACUCAUUCAAAAACACUUGAAAAAAGGUAAGA